GAAAGGGGGGGGUCUCGGAGGCCGGAGGACUUGGGUGAAGAUGGCGGCAGCCGAGGCCGCGAACUGCAUCAUGGAGGUUUCCUGUGGUCAAGCAGAAAGCAGUGAGAAGCCCAACGCUGAGGACAUGACGUCCAAAGACUACUACUUUGACUCCUAUGCCCACUUUGGCAUCCAUGAGGAGAUGCUGAAGGAUGAGGUGCGCACCCUUACAUACCGCAACUCCAUGUUUCACAACCGGCACCUCUUCAAAGACAAGGUUGUGCUGGACGUGGGCUCGGGCACCGGCAUCCUCUGCAUGUUUGCGGCCAAGGCAGGAGCCCGCAAGGUCAUUGGGAUCGAAUGUUCAAGCAUCUCUGAUUAUGCUGUGAAGAUUGUCAAAGCCAACAAGUUAGACCACGUGGUGACCAUCAUCAAAGGCAAGGUAGAGGAGGUGGAGCUGCCCGUGGAGAAAGUGGACAUCAUCAUCAGCGAGUGGAUGGGUUACUGUCUCUUCUACGAGUCCAUGCUCAAUACCGUGCUGCAUGCCCGUGACAAGUGGCUGGCUCCUGAUGGCCUCAUCUUCCCAGACCGGGCCACCCUUUAUGUGACAGCCAUUGAGGACCGACAGUACAAAGACUACAAGAUCCACUGGUGGGAGAAUGUGUAUGGUUUCGAUAUGUCCUGCAUCAAGGACGUGGCCAUCAAGGAGCCCUUGGUGGACGUGGUGGACCCGAAGCAGCUGGUCACUAAUGCCUGCCUCAUAAAGGAGGUGGACAUUUAUACAGUCAAGGUAGAGGACCUGACCUUCACCUCCCCCUUCUGCCUACAAGUGAAGAGGAAUGACUACGUGCAUGCCUUGGUGGCCUACUUCAACAUUGAGUUCACCCGAUGCCACAAGAGGACCGGCUUUUCUACCAGUCCCGAGUCCCCAUACACACACUGGAAGCAGACUGUGUUCUACAUGGAGGAUUACCUAACAGUGAAGACUGGCGAGGAGAUCUUUGGCACCAUCGGCAUGAGGCCCAACGCCAAAAACAAUCGCGACUUGGACUUUACCAUCGACCUGGACUUCAAGGGCCAGCUAUGUGAGCUCUCUUGCUCCACCGACUACCGGAUGCGCUGAGGUGGCGCCAGGCUGGCCUCCUACAGAAGGGGGCUUAGGGACUGGGCUUGGGGGAUGGGAGGGUACAUCGUGACUGUUUUUCAUAACUUAUGUUUUUAUAUGGUUGCGUUUACGCCAAUAAAUCUCAGCU